GAAUAAAACGAGUGAAGCGAGUAUGAUCGUAGAGUUAGCUUUAUUCGCUUUUGCUGUAGCCUAUAGUAAAGGUUGAACCCACUGGCUACGAUCUCAAAAGCUCGUCCGGUUCGUUAGAAUUUUUCACUCACGCGUGCUACCUCGACAAAGUCAGAUGCAAUAUCUAGAGGUAGGAACUGUUUUUCUUUCGCAUCCGUUCAUAGCUGAGAACACAUCCACCGGACGACGCUAACGCGAGUUCGAAAUCAGACGCGGGCGUGUCGAUAUUUCAGUUGGAAAACGCGCGCCAAACAGUGAGAAAGGAUUUUUUGUGAUCUCCGAUCAAAUGAUGUGAAUAUCUGAAAUUAUUAGUUGAGAGAUAAGAAAAUUGAAUGGAUGGGAUUAAAAGUGUGGAGUGCGUUAAGCUGCAUAUAUUGGCCGUGAAAUUUAAACGGAAGCUUGUGAAAGUGCAUACAAUGGAAGAUUCGAUCGCAAUGAAUAAUCGAUAUGUGUGAAGUGAAAUUGCUGAGUGACAAUGAGUAAAGUUCCGUUAAAAUUGAUUUCGUUCGCAAGCUCAUUGAUAUUCAUCGUAGCACACGCACGGGAGUUUACCAUUGGACCCUGUCAGCUUCAGUAUUAUGAACCCUGCAAUUCGGACGCUAUCGAGUUCUACCUGUUCACCAGUGAUAGCCCAAAUGACGCUCCGCUCCUGUUGGAUAACAUUGAUCCCAAAGUUCCAAGCCGUAUAAAUCUCACCUAUAGGAAUAAGUUGAUAGUGCACGGUUACAACGGUCAUAUAGAUUUCAAUGCCACUAAGAUAAUUCGCAACGCCUACCUGAAGCAACCUCGCACCAACGUUUUCGUCGUAGAUUGGGGAAAACUCUCCAGGCUACCUUGCUACCCAACUGCGGCGUUCAACACCAAACAAGCCGGCGAAUGCACGGCAACGUUCCUUAUUGGUCUCAAGGCCAACCAUCCGGAGUUCAGCUGCCGGGAUCUGCACUCGAUCGGCUUCAGCCUAGGCGCACAUGUGCUCAGCUUCACCAGCAACGCACUGGAGAAGUCCAUCGGCUCGAAAUUCAGGCGGAUUACAGGUCUCGAUCCGGCCCUUCCCUUCUUCGCCACCGCUCGCCAGCAGUGGAAACUGGACCUCACCGAUGCAGAUUUUGUCGACGUUAUUCACACGAAUGCCGGCGUGUUCGGCAAGAUUGAGACCUGUGGCCACGUGGACUUCUACAUGAACGGCGGUCAGUCCCAGCCGAUGUGCGAAAAUGCGACGAGUAAGUAUAGAUGUUUAAGAUGUGUUUAAGAUGUGUUCCCAUUUCUUGGGAAGAUUGAAAAGUGCGUGCGUAAGUGGAUCCCAUUGCAUUAACAUACCGGUUUACAUGGUUUGAGACCUAGAACCGUAUAAGCACAGAUAAACAGAUAUAACAAUAAGAACAAUUUGCGUUGAUAAUUACAAUCAGAAUUUGCAGACGACCAUCUAG